UACCGUUUGAAUCAGGUUUGAAAGAGCUUAAAGUAUAAUCUAUCUGGACAAUGUGUAUAAAAGAUGCAUUUCUGUUUCAGAUCCUGAGCAGAAAAUUAGUAAUAUUGCCCUUGCACAAGUGUUAAUUUUUUACGCUUACUUUCAUGAACCCAGAUGGCAGAAAAUGAAGGUUCAACGAAGCCAUCGUUAAUAUGCUAUAUCCCUCUCCCGAUUCUCCUCCUCAACCACAACGCGAACAGGAGUUGGAACCUGUGGAAGCAGCUUUUAUCGACGACGGGUCUGGUUCUGACAUCAUUUCAGACAAUUUGGACGAUUGCGACAACAACGCCUCCACGAGCGGCAACGAAGAACAUGAUGACUCUGAGACGACGGAGAAGCUCACAAGGGUUCAACGAAAGAAAAUCCGUAAGAAGAAGCUGAAUGAAGAAGCCAUUCAUCGCGGAAAACUAAUUGGGCCGUUGUUGCCACCUCCGAUGCUCCAGCUGUUCGAUCAAAUGCUCCUGAAGAAGGUUAUGCCACGCACAACUUGGUUUAGGUGAUGAUGUGGCGGCUUGUGCUAAAUCAGUGAAAGUGAAGCAACGGAGAAUGGCAAAAAGGCUCGCCAAAGAAAAGCAAAAUGCCACUACUUCGGAGAACGCCAAUCAAAGUUCCACUGUAGAUAUCAAAGAAACCCAUUUAUAAGUAUAUGCCGGCAACAAUCACAAAAUAGAGCAUGCAAUUUAUCAGAUUACAGUUCAGCGUUUACCUCGUGAUUUGAUUGUUUGAAGUAGUUUAGAUUGGAUGGAUGUAUUAAAACGAUUAUGCGUAUUGUUAACUCUAGAAAUUUUCUUGGUUAACGACAUGACUAUGUGAUUGCGAGUUUCUUCAGAAUUUCAUUUAUUUUCCCCCCAAUUUAUAUGGGGAAUGUAUAAAUUAGAUGACGAGAGGAGUAUGGAAAAGGAGGAGGACGAAGUGGUAUACCCAUUUAAUGGAUUCGCACUUGACAGUGUUUCUCGCCACUAGCUCUAGGGGAUGAAAAUUGAAAAAUCCUGUAAUGCUAGUUCCUUAAAGUAACCUGAACAUUCUUUAUGACAUGCAGUUUCUUGACUCCUAUGGUAUUAAUUAUUAAUUAUUAAGUUGUAAACCUCAUUUUUUUUCA